CGCCGGAAGCGGGGGAGGGGAGCGCUGCCGCCAUGUGCCAGGCGCAGGAGGAGUACGGGGGCUGCGACCCGCCCCGCAGGCGGCCCCGGGUCAGCUGUGCGCAGAAGUGCAUGAAGUGCAAGGAGGCCUCGCCUGUGUUGGUCAUUCGUGUUGGAGAUGCCUUUUGCAAGGCCUGUUUUAGGGAGUAUUUUGUUCACAAGUUCCGUGCAAUGCUUGGGAAGAAUCGUGCCAUUUACCCAGGAGAGAAGGUUCUUCUUGCAUUAUCAGGUGGACCUGCCUCUAGCUCAAUGCUUCGACAAGUCCAAGAGGGGCUGAGUCGGGAAACAGCCAAGAAACUGCGCUUUAUACCAGGCAUCAUCUACGUUGACGAGGGAGCUGUGUGCGGACAAAGCCUGGCUGAGAGAGGGGAGACGCUGCUCCAGAUGGAGACCAUCCUGCAAGCCUCAAGGUUUCCAUAUCACCUGGCCCACUUAGAAGAGGUAUUUGACUUGCCCAGCUCCAUCCUGCAGCGUGCGCCCCACAAUCCCACAGGCCCCAAGAACAGCUACAAGGAAGCAGUGGAGGGCUUCAUCCGCCAGCAGAGGCAGGAGGAGGGUGGAAGCCCCUCUCUCCCAGAGAGGCAGAUCCAGGAGAAGCUUGCUGAGGUCAGCCUGCGAGAUGUGCCCGGAAUGGAGGGGCUGGCCGACCCAGAAGCCAGGCUGCGGGCUGCAGUCCGGACUGAGCAGCUGAUCCGGCUCUUUGGGUCCGUGAAGACCUUGACGGCUAAAGAAGAGCUUCUGCAGACCCUGAGGAACCACCUGAUCCUGCACACGGCUAGGGCCCAAGGGUACUCCAAGGUCAUGAUGGGAGAGAGCUGCACCCGCCUGGCUGUCAAACUGCUGACCAACCUCUCACUGGGGCGGGGAGCCUCUCUCGCUAUGGACACAGGCUUCUCGGACGAUCGCCAUGGCGAUGUGGUGGUGGUGCGGCCCAUGAGGGAGUACUCUGCCAAGGAAAUCGCCUUCUACAACCACCUGUUUGGCGUUCCCACGGUCUUCACUCCUGCCUUGGACACCAAGGCCCUGGAGAAGGCCAGCAUCCACCGGGUGAUCGAGCGCUUCGUCUAUGGUCUGCAGGCAGAGUUCCCCUCGACCAUCAGCACCGUAUACCGGACGGGCGAGAAGCUGAGCGCGACCCCUGGAGACGCCGGCCCUGCUGCUGAGCCCGAACGCUGCCUCCUGUGUUUGUGUGCCCUGGACACCAAUGUGGAGGACGGCUCCGCUUUGCAAGCCAUCCUGGUCUCGGAGCAGCUCUCCCAGCAGAAGCUGCCAGCUGCGUCGCCAGCCGGGAGAGGGUGCUGCCCGGGGGCAGAGGAGCAGAGAGGAUGCUGCACGAACACGACAGCUCCAGGGGCCGACGCCCGGGUCAACUUCCUGCCCCUGCUCUGCUACGGCUGCAGACUGACCAUCAAGGACACGACCUGCCUGGAGAGCCUCCCGCUCUACGUCCGCUCGGAGGCAGAGCGCAGGAAACGCAGGGCCGCGAUGAAGCUGGAAAUUCAGGAGUUCUUGCUGGAAGAUGAAGCUGUGACUCCGGGUGAGAGCUGACAGCUGGACUGGGGCCCUGGGCUGACUCCCCAGUCUCAAGCAGGUGAGGCCAGGCUGAGUCAGGCCCUCAGACUGCGCCAGCCCCCCGUGGAACGCCCAGCCGGGAGGAGGCAGCUUCACACCCGCCUGCGCAAGAAGAUGGAUUCAGUCAGUCACACUAACAGGCCAUGGCUUGGCUUUUAUUAGAGAUCUGUAUAAAUAAACCAUUUGAAUUUUAAAAAAA